AUGCCUGUUAAAAAGAGAAAGGCUCCUGAGGAGGAAGAGGAAAAAGUGGUUAAGUAUGUGGCUGGAAAGCAACCUAGAACAGGGGACCUUCCCAAUGUUGAUUACAAUAUUCCGCUAUAUCCCGAGUCAGAGCUAUAUCAGGAUGAUUGGGUUAUUCCAAAGUUUAAUCUGUUCAUUUCAUUUACGCUUAAUUAUCUGAUAGAAUCGUACAAGACAGUUUUCAAAGAUUUUAUCAAACUACCGAGUAGAAAGUUCCAUCCGCAGUAUUACUACAAGAUACAGCAACCGAUCUCUAUUAAUGAGAUCAAAUCCAGAGAUUACGAAUUUCCCGACGGAUCUCACACCUUUUUGCUGGAUGUUGAAUUGCUGGCUAAAAACUGUGCAUCGUAUAAUGAGCCGGAUAGUUUGAUUGUUAAGAACUCAAUACAAAUGGUUCAAUACAUUGAGUACGAAGUUUUGAAAGCGAAAAAUGUCACAAGGAAUUACCUUAUCUCGGAUGAUGUCAGACCUCGCCUUCUGAAUUAUUUGGACCGAGUGAUAGAUGCAACCGACAAAGACAUAGAACUGGAAUAUGGCGCUACAAAAACCGAUGCAGAUGGAACCAUGAAGAUCAGUGAACCAUUCAUGCAUCUGGUGGAAAAGGAUGAGCUUCCGGAUUAUUAUGAAGUAAUUCACAGACCAUCCGCUCUCGCGCCAGUGAAGCAGAAUUUGGAAGUUGGCUACUAUGCUAAGAUUUAUGAUUUCAUUAUUGAUACUCAACUAGUGUUUCAAAAUGCUCUGGUGUUCAAUGACAGUACAACAUUAAUCUAUCAGGAUGCUCAGAAACUGCUCAGGUAUUUCAAUCAUUUAAUACAGUAUAGAUUUUUCCCUGAGUUGCGGGAUGUUAGCGAGCGAGGAGAAAUCAAGCUUGAGUAUGACAAAGUCGAGUACGAGCAGUACCUGGCCAAUGGCGGCAAUGAUCAAACUGAGGAGGUUUCGAAGGAUGACGACGAGGCAGAUUAUGAUUUCAAUCAUCUCGAAGGACUUGGUAACGGGUACAAUAGAGCUAUACUAUCCGAAGAUUAUCUUCUAGGGCCCAACAAACUGGAAAUGCAAAACAAAAAACAAAAAUUGUCCACGCCAAUCGAGGAACCCCCUAGGGUGCUCAAAUACAAUAUUCUAGCAUCAAUGCAAAAAGAAAUGACAUCUGAAGAGCACACAAUGCAAAGAGUACCCUAUGAUCUGGUCAAACAGGUUUGCAUCUAUUCAUCCAAGAACCUCUAUCGACAGGCAACGACGCCGGCCAUGGGCGGUAAGCCCUCCUGUAAUCAAAACUGGGUCGAAUUCAUUUUUUGCGGUGACCAACUCAGUCAGAACGAGAACAUGUUUUCCCUCACACUACAACCUGUCCAAACUUUCUUGACGCUGACAGCCACUAUGAAUGAUAAAAAAGCAGUCACUUCGUUAACCGUCAACAAAGAAAAUAUUAAUUCCGAAAGGGCAACCUUGAAUAGCAUGAAACAGCAACAGGACAAUAAUCGAGAAAAAACGGAGUUGCAGGAGGAUAAUGCAGGGUCUGAAAAAUUCGACAUCCGGCUCAACGAGGGUCUUAAUUAUGUUGAGUUCAAGUGCGAGCAGCCAGAAUCCGAGAAGAAAGAAGUAAUGAGGUUCUGGAUUAACAUACUGCCAUAA